AUGAAUUUUCGUGCUGGUGUUGAUUUUGAACUUACAGAUGAAUGCGUAUAUCUUCCGAAACCCGUUUUUGAUAAAUACUCUGAAAUUGGAAUAACGUCAAUUUUUCCUUGGCAAGUUGAAUGUCUGAAAUUACCCGGCGUUCUUGAUGGAGUUCAAAAUCUUGUUUAUUGCGCUCCCACAAGCGCCGGAAAAACACUUGUUGCUGAAUUAAUAACCUUGAAGCGUAUUUUGACAAGUAAUAAGAAGGCUAUCAUAAUCCUACCUUAUGUUGCUGUAUCUCGAGAAAAAAUGGUUUCACUUCAGAGAAUUUUCGAAGGUCUUGGUGUUCGGGUUGGCGGAUUUAUGGGUGGUUCUAGUCCUGUUGGAGGAUUAGCUUCUGUGCGCGUGGCUGUUUGCACUAUUGAAAAGUCCAACAAUUUAAUCAACCGAUUAAUCGAAGAGGAUCGUUUAUCAGAUUUAGGAAUCGUUGUGGUUGAUGAAAUACAUCUUGUUAGCGAUCCACAUCGUGGUUACUUACUCGAACUUCUUCUCACAAAACUCCUUCUUUAUGGCCGUUUACAUAAUGUAAAUGUGUCCAAAUCAAAUUUAUUGAGCCAAUCUUUCGAAGAUAUCAAAAUUCAAAUAGUCGGAAUGUCCGCUUCUCUCUCCACAAUUUCUAUUAUCGGUUCUUGGCUGCAAGCUGCCGUUUAUACCACUGAUUUCCGACCGAUCCCCCUUACGGAACUUAUUUAUACAAAGGAUUUGGUUUAUCGGAUAGUACCAGGCCAGGAUGAUGCCUAUGAAUGUAUUGAAGCAGUUAAUCCAACAGAGCUUGGUUUUUUUAAAGCCUCUUGGGAUGGUUUACCUGUUAUGGACAAUGACGAUGGAGUUUCUGAGUUGUGUUUUGAUACUAUUCUCUCAGGAUUUGCAGCACUUGUUUUUUGUUCAACCAAACAGUGGUGCGAACAGCUUGCUGAAUCUAUGGCUCGUCAGGUUUCCCCUAUUUACUGCUUAGUGGAGCCUUACCUUAAGCCUCAAAGCGAAUGGCCACCGGAUAAACUGAACAGUCCAGGAAGAAUUCUUCGAAGUCAUUUGGAUGAACUAGGGCUUAUUCAGUGUUUGCAACAGCUCGAACGUUGCCCUGCAGGAUUAGAUCCUGUUCUUUCUCGAUGCAUUCGAUUUGGAGUUGCCUUUCAUCAUGCUGGUCUCACCAUAGAAGAACGCGAUAUCCUCGAAAUCGCUUUUCGAAAGGGUAUCUUGCGUCUCUUGAUCGCUACAUCAACCCUCAGUUCGGGGGUUAAUUUACCCGCUCGCAGGGUCAUAAUCCGCAGUCUCUUCUUUCAUGGCCAACCUAUUGACUACAUCAAUUACAAGCAAAUGGUUGGUCGAGCUGGUCGUAAGGGCAUUGACACUAGUGGUGAAGCGAUCCUACUUUGCAAACCUCGUGAUCUCCCGAAAGUUCGUCAGUUGCUUGCUUCUGGUACCCCUCGGGUUUCUUCCUGCCUUCUCACUCGUAGUGGGACCCCGGAGGCGAGUUUAAGAAGAGCUUUACUGGAAGUAAUCGCGAAUGGAAUUGUCGAAACUGUCUCCCAUGCUAAAAUCUAUCUGGACAGCACUCUCUUAGCCGCAGUUAUACGCUCCGAUUCCGAUUCAUCUCAAACUCUUCGCCGCUCUCAGCGUCGUUCUUCAGGCGCCUCUUUUCUAGCCGAAACGGACUCCCUACUUUCUGCAUGUCUAGACGUUCUACUUGAAGCUGGGUUGAUUAUGCGCCUGGAAGAUGAUGAAGAAGCACUCAGACCAACCCAACUUGGUCGAGCUGUUCUUGCCUCAGCUCUUGGGCCUCUUGAUGGGUUGACUGUGUUUGCUGAACUAUCUAGAGCUAGGCGAAGUGUCGCUCUUGAUACCGACCUGCAUCUUGUCUACUUGGUGACCCCAAUCUAUGUAAAUCUGGACAGCAGUAUCGAUUGGUUUCGCUACUUGGAGAUCUUCCAAUCACUGUCACCACCGGAAAAGCGUGUCGCGGAACUGCUCGGUGUAGAAGAGCGUGGAUUAAUGAGAUGUCUGGCUGGGAAACAGGUCGCUUUGAGGAAAGAUAAGGAAAGUGCUAAUUUGAAUCAGCUUAGACGCUUCUAUCUCUCAUUAGCCCUGCAUCGACUUGUGUGUGAAGAUACGUUAGCCCAAGUAGCCGAGCGGUUUGCUAUCAAUCGUGGUUUGCUCCAGAGUGUGAUGCAACAAGCGUCUACAUAUGCUGGUAUGGUAACGGUCUUCUGCAAUCGCCUGGGUUGGAUCCACAUGGAACGCCUACUUUCUGGUUUUCAAAUGCGUCUUUUCUUUGGUGUUUCCAACGAACUGUUAGAUCUUAUUCGUCUUUCUCCACUCCUGAAUAACAGUCGAGCUCGGGCUCUCUACCAAGCUGGUUUUACAUCAGUGGCUUUAGUUGCUAAAGCAAGGCCGAAGGAGAUUGAAAGGGUACUCCAAAAGGUUAAUCCCUUCACUAGUGCAAAGGAGAAAGACGAGCGCUUAGCGCGCCUAAUAAUGCUUCCCGACGGUUCUGCAAUCAGUGAGAUCGAUUUAGCUCCUCUACUGACUUCUAUGGCUCAGAGGCUGCUUAGGGAUGAUCUUGCCUCAAAUUACGGGAUUGAUUUGCCUCAAACUUUUUCCACUCCUUCUGGUACUCCCGCUACAAAACGUCGAAAGCUAGCACUUUCUCUAGGGAGUGAUCAAAAGCCAUAUGCAUCACCAGCAGUAAAGAACUCUCAAGCGGCUAAACUAGAAUUUUCCUUUAAUUCUGCUGCUGCUUCCCCGGUUUUAAACAAUGGGAAACCGAAUAGGAAGAGAGAUUAUAGCAAAUUAACUAGUCCUCCAGUUGUUAAGAGGAGUCUUUCACUGUCAGUAAAAAACUCAAGACUUCUAACACCUGAUCAUGAAGCAUUUGAGAAUCCAUCAAGCCCUACUCAGGCGAAUAAAACUGCCACUUCUGCAAUGGAUGCUCGAGAUGCAUUAAGUAAGGAUAUUUUCGCAAAUAUUCAAUGUGAUACACCCCUUAGUUUCCGAGUCAACGACCACAGAGGCAAUAAGUCCACACCCUUAUUAGAUAAAGAUGUUAAAACGUCGUUGGAUAAAAGUGAUGAACUCAAUAUAUCCACUUCUUCAUCGACUAAAGAAGUCAAGACUACAGCAACGAAUAAAAGCGAUGAACUCGCGAAUGUGUCUUCUAGUUUUUUAAAUUGGUCAUCCAUGGGUGAAGUGCCCAUGUUGAUGAAUGAUACAAUGACUUUCUCAAUGAUGGAACGGUUGGCUCAAGACGCAAUUACUGAGAAAUCAGCUACGAGGGAGAAUAUUAGCAAUGAGGAUAUAUUUAACAGUCUAUCUAGAAGUUCUAUUUCACUCAAUGGUUCAAGCAACAAGGAAUCGGUACAAAUUACUUCAUCUUCAGCACCUAAAGCUUCUUUAGAUGUUUCCAUCCGCAAUGCAAUAUUCUCCCUGGUUGAGGUCACAAAAACUUUCAAGUUGUGGUCAGCAUUUCAGCGUGAAUUUGAAAGUCUUCUAACCUCGAAAAGUGAUAGCCGCAUUCAUCAAAUGGCUAUUCAACCUCAUUGGCAGAUCUUUGGAGAGGGGGAUACUUGUAAUGGGGUAUUACCUUCCGAAAAUGUUUUACUUUGGCAUGAUGGUUGUGCAGGAAGUUCGUGCUAUGGUGGAGGGAAUUCAGGUGUUUGUCUACAACUGAAAGGCUUCGCAAUAUCUUCUAUCAAUAUUCAACGACAGCGCUCCGUAUUUUGGCUCCCAGUUCAGACGAAAACUAUUGACGUGAUAAAAUGGAUUAGAAGCUUUCUAUCCCGUCGGGAUCUAAAUAUUAUAGUAUGGGAUUUAAAAUGGUGGGUCCGAGUGUGCAAUGAACUCCUCAACGUAGAUACUGUACCUGUGAAUGGAUUCUAUGACCCCGGCUACCAAGGUUGGAUCGAAGACCCAGAUUCUGGUCGACCUAGGCUUGUUGAUGUGCUUCCUAACGCUUCGAGAGUGGUAGAUACGCUGUUUUCUAUGGGCUAUUACCUAGAUCCCCCGACACAACUAAGUGAUUGGAACAAAUUGCGACUUGUUACUAUGCCAUCCAUAUCGAAUUUCCCUCAGGAGACACCUUAUCCACCUGGUGUGCUAAAUACGGCUGCUCAAUGCUAUCUUCUUUCGCUGACAUUCACCCAAUCCUCAAUAUCGUCGGCUUUGAAAUUGGAGUUGUCGACUGUUGCACUGCUUGCGCGUGCUGAAAGCCAUGGUUUUGCUUUGGAUUUCAACAUUCUCAACACCUGCCAAACGGAAAUGGAGAAAAUAUGCACCGAUCUCUCACGUUUGGCCCACGCUCUUGUGGGCUGCUCCUUUGAACUUGAAUCUCCACGUGAAGUUGCAAAUGCAAGUUCCCAAUUCUUGGCAUUCAUCAACACUACUUUCGUAGCCAUACUAUACAAUCGUCUUCACUUGCCAGUCUACACCAGCCUCGCAUCAGAAAUGGCGGCAAGUAAACGCGCUAAGAAGAGUCGCCUCGGUUUUGGAAUACCUAUCCGUCCACGACAACUACCAACUAAUAGUGAUACUCUUUCCCAGCUAGUACACAUGCACCCUCUACCCGCCAUUAUUAUGGAAUGGAGGCGCAUUCAUAGUGUACUCAUGAAGUCGUUCAGUGGAAUUGUCAAUGCUUGUCGAACAGCUGUUGACAGACAUGGGAGUUCAAAUAAACGGACGAGUAAAGAUGCAUGUAUAGGAUGCGUGUAUAAAACCUUUACAGCUACCGGGAGAAUUGUAUCUUCUCUGCCAAAUCUUCAGUCGGUACCAAAGGAAGUCAGCUUCUCUUGGUCGACACUGAGAAGUCGACCACCGUCUCCAUUUACUAAUUCUCAAAGGUCUUCUUCAAAUGAGUUAGAGUGGCCCCCUUCAAUUGCUGAAACACUUGCUACAUUUACACAACAUGAGGAUUUGGUGCUACGUCCACGAUCUGCAUUUAAGGCUCCUAAGGGUUCUAUUCUUGUGUCUGCAGAUUUUUGCCAUUUAGAGCUCAGAAUUCUUGCACAUCUUAGCCAAGAUACAGUCCUUCUUUCAAUGCUUCAAACUACCUCCGAAGACGCUUUCAAACUGCUUGCAGCACAUUGGUUAAAACGUACGGAUCCAAGUUCUAUCUCCAGCGAAGAACGCCAACGGACGAAACAACUUUGCUAUGCUGUUAUCUAUGGAAUGGGUCCAGCUAGUUUAGCUGCGCAGAAUAACAUCGCCCUUUCGGAAGCUCAAAAACUAAUUGACACCUUUAUGACUUCCUUCUGUGGCGUAGCACAGUUUAUCCGUCAAACUAUAUUGUCUGCUCACGAACAGGGCUCUGUUUGGACAAUGGGUGGUCGAGUACGCCUCUUGAACGAUCUGAAACUGUCUUCUAAAGAUGAUCAGAGCUCGUCUAAGUGUCCUUCCCCGUGGAAGGCUGAGAAGUUACUUGUUAAAGCUUUACCACAAACUCUAAGUCUCCAGAAAGUUGAGCGGCAGGCAGUCAACAGUAUAAUACAAGGUAGUGCAGCGGAUAUCACAAAACUUGCCAUGGAAAGAGUAGACUCGGCUUUAAGAAGGGAGAAGCAUAUCACAGCUCAUUUGGUAUUGCACCUUCACGAUGAGUUAAUAUACUCUGUUACUCCCGAUGCGAAAGCUCCUGAAGUCUGUAAUAUCCUGCGUAGAGAGAUGUCUUCCGUGAAUUCAGCUUUUGGAAUGAGUGUUCCGUUGCCUGUGAAAGUGAAAUGUGGACCGAACUGGUCUGAUCUCAGAGAAAUUGUUUGA